CGCCUCGGGGCCGCGCGCGGCCGCCGGUUCCGCCUCCUCCGCCGCCUCCCCGCGGCCGCCGCCGCCAUGUUGGAUGGUGCGUGUGGGUGUCAAGCGCAGCCCGCGGCCGCCGGGCACCGGGACACCGGGACACCGCGCCCGCCCCGCGCCCGCAGGUCAUGAUUUUUAGUUUCUCGUGCCAUCCUCUUGAGGAGAGGAAAUGAUUGUAGCAGAACGUGUCACAAAUUCGCCACUGCUACGGAGCCUUCGCCGUUCAGAAACGCUCCUGGGAGAGCAGAUUUAGCCCUGUGCUCUUUGUGUUCUGGAAUCUGCCUCGGGAAAAAGGGAAAUAAAAAUGACGACUUCGUCUAUCAGACGGCAGAUGAAGAACAUUGUGAACAAUUACUCAGAGGCCGAAAUAAAAGUUCGGGAAGCGACCUCGAAUGACCCCUGGGGUCCUUCCAGUUCCUUGAUGACUGAAAUAGCAGACCUGACCUACAAUGUUGUGGCCUUUUCUGAAAUUAUGAGCAUGAUCUGGAAACGACUCAAUGACCACGGCAAGAACUGGCGACACGUCUACAAGGCCCUCACCCUCUUAGAUUACCUGAUUAAAACUGGGUCCGAGAGGGUGGCCCAGCAGUGUAAAGAGAAUAUUUUUGCUAUCCAGACAUUGAAAGAUUUUCAGUACAUCGAUCGAGAUGGGAAGGACCAGGGCAUCAACGUGAGGGAGAAAUCCAAGCAGCUGGUGUCCCUUCUGAAGGACGACGAGCGCCUCAAGACAGAGAGGGCCCAAGCUCUGAAGACCAAAGAACGCAUGGCUCAGGUGGCCACUGGGGUGGGCAGCAACCAGAUCACCUUUGGGAGAGGCUCCAGCCAGCCCAACCUGUCCACCAGCUACUCCGAGCAGGAGUAUGGCAAGUCUGGAGGGUCCCCAGCGUCGUACCACGGCUCGACGUCCCCGCGAGUGUCGUCGGAGCUGGAGCAGGCGCGGCCGCAGACCAGCGGGGAGGAGGAGCUGCAGCUGCAGCUGGCGCUGGCCAUGAGCCGCGAGGUGGCCGAGCAGGAGGAGCGCCUCAGACGCGGAGAUGAUCUGAGAUUACAGAUGGCUCUGGAGGAGAGUCGCAGAGACACAAUUAAAAUUCCCAAAAAGAAGGAGCACACCACUUUGUUGGACCUGAUGGAUGCCCUGCCCUCCUCGGCACCGGCCCCACCCAAAACCGAGCCCUGGGGACCUCCUGCCACUGCUGCCACCAACCAGACGGACCCGUGGGGAGGAUCCACGGCUGCAGCCCCUGCCUCUGACCCCUGGCAAUCGUUUGGUGCCAAACCAGCUGCUUCUGUUGACCCUUGGGCAGCACCAGCAGGAUCCACAGCUCAGCCUCUGGCCAAAAACGUGGACCCCUGGGCCCCUGCUCAGCCAUCUUCCACUGCAGCAAAACCUUCCGUGGAUCCCUGGGGAUCAGCACCUGCAAACAAACCUCUCUCUACUUCUGGAAGUACAUCUUUUGACCUCUUCAGUAAUUUGAAUGGUACAGUUAAAGAUGAUUUUUCUGAAUUUGACACACUUCGAACUUCUAAAAAGCCAGCCGAAUCGGGUUCCACGCUGCCCUCUCAGCACAGCGGUACCACGAGCCCCGACCUCUUCGAGUCCCAGCACUCGAGCGGGACCUCGGGCAAACAGAGCACGGCCCGGAAAACCCCCGAGUCCUUCCUGGGCCCCAACGCUGCCCUGGUGAACCUGGACUCUCUGGUGUCCAAGCCACCACAACCUGUUACUUCUCUGAACCCGUUCUUGGCACCAGGCGCCGCUACCGCAGCAGCUCCAAUCAACCCGUUCCAGGUGAACCAGCCUCAGCCGCUGACCCUGAACCAGAUGAGAGCCAGCCCCGUGAUGGGCAGCAGCCCCUCCUUCAGCGCCGUGCCCCCCAUGAGCAUGGAGCCAAUACCUCUGCCUUCCAUGGCCCCCGUGCCCGUGGGCAUGGCCCCGCUGCCGGCCAUGGGCACCAUCAGGAUGGGCCAGGGGCUGAGCAUUGCAGGAUCAAUGCCCCAAGCUCUGCACAGUACAGGAAUGCCGCCGGCAGCCUCCCAGGCUGCAAAUACAACUAACCCUUUCCUCCUAUAAAGACCCAAUUAAAGGAACUUUUCUUUUCCUAGUGUUUCCAGGCUGAAGUCUUUCCAGCGAAACGAACGUGGCCUGUGUGGACUGAACGGUGUGUGAGAGACUUGGAAGUAGAUUUGCAGUUUACAGUUAUGAUCUUUGAAGAGUUGUCUCUACUUACCAGUUAAUCUAAAUCUAGUCUUUGCUACAGAUGGUACCUUACUUUGGCUUGUUGAGCAUCAUGUGAAAUGUUCAGACUUUCCACCAAAGUUAGAUCCUGCCCAUUUUUGUUACUUUGUUAAUCAUUUCAAACACACUUUCUAGGGAGAGAACCUGCCAUUGGAAAGCUCCCUUGGCUAUUUUGUAGGUGUCAGAUCAUGUGCUGGAUUUCCGAAUUUACUCUUCCCCUGCAUCUGUCACUUCCUCUGCCCGUGAGAUAGCCCUGAGAUUCCGAGUGCUAGUGAAUGUUUUGCACAUAACUACACACAGUUCUAGACUGUUGGUUCACCCAUAGUCCUUACUCUUAGGAGAGACCGACCCGGAGGGCCCAGGGGGGCUUGGUUUUUAUGCAUUAAACAUUGCAAACUCGCACUGCUUUGGUAUCUCUGAGGUGUGACUGGCAACAGCAAGCUUGUCUCGAGAGGAAAAUAACACAAAACCCCAGACAAAACACCCAAGACCAUGCUCGAGUUGUGCUGUCGUGUGCAGUGUUGAAUUCCUACACUACUCUAAGGACUCCUGGAACUCUCUGUGAGUGGCUGCACUCGUGCUGAGUGAGUGUCCUGCUCUGUGCUUGUCCAGUACCAGCUUCGUUUGGAAGUUUUUUCAUGUGUAUUUUGUUUUUAUUUGACUUACAAUGUGAGUUGAAAGGAAAAAAAAAACGGAAAAAAGAAAAAAAAAAAAAGAAAAGAAAAAAAAAAAAGAAAUACAGUGGGACAACUUUGAAUUCAGUUUCACCGGGGCAAGCUUUAAAACUAAUUCAGGCUUAACCUUGCUAUAUGCAGUUACUCUUGUAUACUUUUGCACAUAUUUUGUUUAGUACAGUUUCAUAUUUUGAGUUUGCAGAGUUACCUAAUAGUCCUUUUUUUGCUAAUUUUUAUAAUGUGGUUCUUAUUUAACUGUCUGGUUUUGAUAGAUUUAUCAAGUCUGGCUGAAAAAUUAAGAUAUUGGCAAAUGUCAUUUUUAUGGUUUUAAUGCCCUCUUAUUUAUGGUUUUAGCUCUUUGUUUCUGUAAAGAGAGUUUAAAAGGGAAGAUUAACACUAAAAUAUUUACUUUUAAAUGAAGUAUUCAUAAUGCAAAUCAAAAACAAAUCCUCGUGACUAAUUAUUUUUAGAUGAAUUGAAUUUGAGCAUAACAUGAUUUAAGACUACAUUAAAAAGAAAAAACACUAAAGUCGCCUUUCCCUUGAUUUGUUCCUGCUUCCCAAUCCCCAGACUGGACAGAACUUUAGCCUUGAUGAAGAUCCCAAGGGAGGCUGUUUGGUUUUAUUCUCCUUGUAAAACUUGUGGAGCUGUUUGAAAUCCUGAUGUACAAACACAGCUUGUUUCAUUCCAUCCACUGGUUUUUCCUGCUGGAAGGUGCUUCCAUGUCCAGCCAUCCCUUGGGAGCUGAAUUAUCCCUUUUUAAUAAAUUUUCACGUCUGGACUCCUCACCACGCUCAGGGGUUCUGCUGGAGCCCUGGCCCAGCAGGGCUGAGCUCUGCUCUCCCAAAAAUCCAUGGAAAGGGAUUUUUCCUGCCUGCAGGGCACCUCUAAACCGACUUGGUGGCCUUUCCUUGAUUUAAGAGGGGGAAAACAGAAUUUGCCAGAGUUGUGUUGUGGUGGAACAACUCCCUGUGGGGCUGGAGAGGGGCUGGAUCCCAGGACAGGACUGGAUCCCAGGGCAGGACUGGAUCCCAGGGCAGGACUGGAUCCAUGGCAGGACUGGAUCCCAGGGCAGGACUGGAUCCAGGGCAGGGCUGGAUCCAUGGCAAGACUGGGAUCCAGGGCAGGAUUGGAUCCCAGGGCAGGAAUGGAUCCCAGGGCAGGACUGGAUCCAUGGCAGGACUGGAUCCCAGGGCAGGACUGGAUCCCAGGGCAGGACUGGAUCCAUGGCAGGACUGGAUCCCAGGGCAGGACUGGAUCCCAGGGCAGGGCUGGAUCCCAUGACAGGACUGGGAUCCAUCUCCCGGUGGGAAGGGGAGGCUGAAGGACGCUCAGAUUUAGGGACAAUCCCAGGCUGGAUCUGUAGGUCAGGGCAGCUCUGGGAGUGCACAGAAUGCUCCGUGUGAGGGUGUUCCUGUGCAGGUGUUGGAUCCUCUGAGAUCCUCUGGAAUUGGCAAGGAGGAUUCCCAAUCCUUGUUUUUCUAGAGGAGGGAAGGGGAUUGCUGUCCACACCCAGCCUGUCUUUAACAACAAAACAAAACCCCAGCCACGUUGCCUUCUGAGCAAGGAAAAGGCCUUUUCUUAUUGUUGAAAUUACUGAAAAGCCCAGAGCAGGAAGGGUGUGAUUGUUGCAGAUGAGGAGCAAAGUCCUUUCCAGCUGCUCUGGGUCAGGAUUCCUCGAGUUUGAUCAGCUCUGGAAUCGAGGUCUCUGUGUUUGUCCCUUAGUCUGUCCCCUGACCUGCAGUUCAGGAUGGGAUGGGGCGUUGUCUGUCCAGCCAGGAGUCCUGGCCACGUCCUGGGGAACUUGGAGGCAGGAUGAGGCUGAUCAGAAAUAUUUAAAGUGCUGAAAUAAUCUGAGUUGGAGUUGUCACCUGAAGCUGUGCUCUGGCUCUGGGAGGGAGCCCUGGCUUAAUGAAGCUGUUGAAUGGCAAAUUGUUGUUUUUCCUCCCACGUCACUGCCCCCAGAACUUUAUCCCUUUUAUAUUAAAUAGAGACAUUCCUGAACAACAAACCCCGAGGAAGCUCCCUGAGGAGAUUCUGGUGCUGGAAAUAUUUAGACUGAGACUAACCAAGCCCAGAUCCCAGCCUGGCACAGGGCUUGUGGCAGGAGCUGAGUUUGGGAGGAGUAAGAGCUGGUUUGGUAAAUGCUGCUGGGCUGGGCUGUGUCCCCAGGGGUGACACAGGGGGGUCACUGUCCUGGCUGGGGAUGCUCUGAAUGUCCAGCUCAUUUUGUGGUGAUUUUCCAGGAUAAUCCUCCCUCCCUCCUGGCCCUCCCACAUUUCUGGAGGAUGUUUGUGUGUCCCACUGCAUCCCCUCUGCCCCAUUUCUCCAUUUCCCCCUCCCUUUUCUCACUUGCAAAUAUUCAAAGUGCUUUUUUCCUCUUUUUUUGAUCUUUAAAAUGUUAGUAACCCAAAAUAGCCUUACUGGUCAAAUUGACCAAAGAGACAAGUUUUAAAUAUCUUGUAAAAAAAAAAAAAAAUUAACACACACACACUCCUUGGCAUAAUUUCCCCCAAAUAAGCUCAGUUAUUUAUUCAGUUUUAUGCCCUAGAUAAACUCAGCUCUGUGGAGGGGCCAGGGCAGGGAAGCCCUGGUGGGCUGUGGUGUUCCCAGAUUUUGGGAAGUCCUGGAGCAAAUUCAGCUCUUGUGCCCCUUUGCUGUUCCAGUUCGAGGUGUCCUCUAUGCCUGAAUCUUGCACAGGUGGGGAGAAAGAGCAGAUUUCUUUUCCCCAGCAGAAUCUCACACAACUCUUCCUUUCCAAGCGUUCCAAUAUUUCCCAAACUUCUCAUAUUCCCGGGAGCCGGCUGCUUUUUCUGGAUUUGUGCUGACUAUUGCCAUUAUUUACUGUAUAAAUAAUUUAUCAUUUGUACUAUUGUAUCAUAAUGUCUGUAUCUUUGUGUCAUUUUUUUUUCUCCCCCCCAAAGCGAUGUCACAGGUGUGAUAUUUAAACGAUGCCAUCGGAACAGUGGAAAGACGAGAGGGGUUUGGAGGUGACUGGUCAGAAUUAAAAUUGUAUUGCUUCUA